CGAGCCUCUCACGAGCAGUUCAUUCUUCCGUGGCACGUCUCCGGGGGGCGGGGCUUCCUACUGACACUGGCGGAACUUGCUAUGGAAACAACGAGCUGACCGGGCAGCAGGGUGAAGGCACCACGAGGGAUCAGCCUGGUUCAUGUGGCCUAUUUAAAGGAUUACGCACCCCCUGUUAAAACAGCAGACAUGUUGGAUGGCGAUUAUCAACAUUUAGAAGAAACACCCUCUGAGGAACACAGUCCUAAGGCUGACUUAAGCAAUGGGAGUAUUGAUCCAGUGAUAGAGGGGGAGCCCUUCACCAGCUAUUUUGAUGAGAAGAUCCCAAUUCCUGAAGAUGAACGGCACACUUGGUUCAGCUUUCGGAAGCUCUGGGCCUUCACCGGACCUGGCUUCCUGAUGAGCAUUGCCUAUCUGGACCCAGGAAACAUUGAAUCUGAUUUGCAGUCGGGGUCUGUUGCUGGAUUUAAGCUGUUAUGGGUCCUGUUGGUCGCUACCAUCAUUGGUCUAUUAUUGCAACGCCUUGCAGCGCGUUUGGGAGUAGUGACUGGUCUCCACUUAGCUGAAGUCUGCAACAGGCAGUAUCCAAAGGCACCCCGCAUUCUCCUAUGGCUUAUGGUCGAAAUUGCCAUCAUUGGUUCAGACAUGCAAGAAGUCAUUGGAUCAGCCAUUGCCAUCAAUCUCUUGUCUGUGGGGAUAAUCCCACUGUGGGGAGGAGUGUUGAUCACAAUCGCUGAUACCUUCUUCUUUCUUUUUUUGGACAAGUAUGGUCUCCGGAAACUGGAAGCAUUUUUUGGUCUCCUUAUUACCAUUAUGGCAGUUACAUUUGGAUAUGAGUAUAUCCGUGUUAGCCCAGACCAAGGGCAACUGCUGAAAGGCAUGUUCUUCCCAUAUUGCGAUGGAUGUGGGACUCGGCAGCUUGAACAGGCAGUGGGAAUAGUGGGGGCUGUGAUCAUGCCACACAAUAUGUACUUACAUUCCGCUUUAGUGAAGUCUCGAGAGGUGAAUCGGGCCAACAAGAAAGAGGUCAGGGAGGCCAACAAGUACUUCUUCAUUGAAUCUGCGAUAGCCUUGUUUAUUUCUUUCAUUAUCAAUGUCUUUGUGGUUGCUGUGUUCGCAGAAGCAUUUUUUGGAAAAACCAACAUAGAAGUGUACAAUGAGUGUUUCAACAAAACCAGUCCACACUCGGAUUUAUUUCCCAACAACACAGACACACUGGAAGUUGAUAUUUACAAAGGAGGUGUUGUUUUGGGGUGUUAUUUCGGUCCCGCAGCCCUCUAUAUUUGGGCAAUUGGUAUUCUUGCAGCCGGACAAAGUUCAACAAUGACUGGCACGUACUCUGGACAGUUUGUGAUGGAGGGUUUUCUGAACCUGAAGUGGUCUCGUUUUGCUCGAGUAAUUCUUACCCGAUCUAUUGCCAUCACCCCCACCCUAUUUGUGGCUAUUUUCCAAGAUGUUGAGCAUCUAACAGGAAUGAAUGAUUUCCUCAAUGUGCUUCAAAGUCUGCAGCUUCCAUUUGCUUUAAUCCCAGUACUUACUUUCACUAGUCUGCGGCCAGUAAUGCAUGAAUUUGCAAAUGGAUUAGGUUGGAAGAUUGCAGGAGGUAUCCUUAUUCUAAUAGUAUGCAGCAUAAACAUAUACUUUGUGGUUGUAUAUGUCUCUGCACUGGGACAUGUGGUGUUUUAUGUCAUCGCUGCCGUGUUGUCAGUAGCCUACCUGUGUUUUGUAGUGUACUUGACCUGGCAGUGUUUAGUAGCCCUUGGCCUGAAGUUCCUGCAAUGUGGCGACACGUGUCCCAUUGGGUUGACAUCCAAUCCUGAACUGUUUUUACUGAACAAUAUGGAGAAAGACGAUACACCUUCCAAUCGAUGAUACUGCCGUCACAUGGCUCACCGCUUCUCCCUCUAUUUCUCUUAGAGGGCCGUUGUAAUGCCAGAAUAACAGUGGGAUUGUCGUGAUCAGUGUUUAGGGAUAUUAGUGUCAGAACAGAUAUUCAAUCUAUUUUAAUAUUGGGCUUGGAAACACAAUAUACUUUUAUAAAGUACCAUGUGUUUGAUCUACAUAGAGCAACGUAGGCUUUAUAAGCAGUGACGUUAGGCUAUUUUUUUGGUAUUGAGCAGGAUAAAGACCUUAAUGAUUUAUAAACUGUUAGGCUGAUCUCUAUUUAAUAAUAUGAUAAAUCCUAUGGUGUUUAAACUGCAUUAGAUUGCUCAAAAUUAUAACACAACAAAUGUUUUUGUUUUUUUGAUGCAACAAUGAAUUGGAAACCAUAUGUUUAAUUUUUAGGUUCUUGUUUGGAGAAUUGUCCAACUCCAACUGAAUAUCAUAGUUUAAUGAAUGGGCUUCUAAGACACAUGACAAGUUAUA